ACAUAACUAAGUAAAUUGAAAGGAAUUAAAAACGAAACUCGACCAACUAUAUCGAUUAAUCGAUCGAUUGCGUGAUGAUCAGUGACCAACUUCGACCAAUACAAUAAAAUAAUCGCGAGAAAAAGUUUGGAAAAUGACAAACCUGGAUAUUUCCAAUUAUCCAGGAUAGAAGGACGAGUCGAUAGGCGGUCGAGGCACCAAAUAAAGAAGGAUGGGCGAUAUUCUGCGAAAUUGGAUACAAGCUAGGCUAGGAAUCUUGACGGACCUACGCCCCGAAGUGUUCGGUUAUUAUACCAGAGACGGCUCGCUUUUGGCUCAAAUUUUGCACAGUUACGACAUAAUAACCCAAGAUCAAUUGGAUAUGAUCAUCGUCACCCAAGAUCCCGCCCUGUGCCGAGUCAAUUUGAGACAUCUCAGUUUUUGGCUACGGUUCGUGACUAUCAACAUGGACGAGGAUUUGAUCGAGGAGAUCUCGUGCGGCAAAGGGAGCACGUCUCUCCGCCUGUUCUACAAAGUGUAUCUUUGCCUUGAGAGCAAGGACAGAUUGCACUUUAUCACGCUUCAAAAAGAGAGGGAAAAAUUCGUACCCACGUCGAAGAAGUUCGAUGUGAUCAGAGUUUGCGAGGAUCCGCCACCUUAUUAUCCAUCGGAAAAUAAAUUGUCGAAGAAACUGGUGAAAGGGAAGGACGUGAUCUAUUGGCAUCAGCAAAAAGUUCCAAAGAUGCUUCGAUCGUACAUCAAAAAAAAAAACAUUGGAGUUGUGGAGUCGAAAUACGUAAACGAGCUGUGUUCCGAUUUCGAGGUAUCUACCAGCCCCUAGCUAGAAAGAUUCGCGUGACAGGAGUCUCGCGUCCAGGUACUCAUGCUUACGCGAGUUUUUUUUUUUUUGUCUCUCUGUGAGAAGAGGGGGGUGUGGGGGUAAGAUGAGGAUCCAAAGUGAAAAUAAAUGUUUCUUAUAGAAAAAAUAUUAUUUUAAUAUUAUAAUUGUAUAUGUUUUAAAAUUCUGUUUUAAAAACAAAGGA